AUGCUUGCGCUUAUUUCAAGAAUAAUUGCGAGCAUUCAAUUGAAUCAUGCAAUAAUCGAUGUACAGGAAAACUACAAAAGAAGAAGACUAAACCUUUCAAGAUUGUUAUCCACAACUACAAGCACUUUUACUCGAGUAAAACGACUUAGAUGCAGACGUGAGAGCAAAGAGAGAAGAUUCUGGACCAGACCAGGUCGUACAAGCGCCUGGUGGAACAACUUUGCCGAUCAAGUGGUGAUACCAGAAGAGUGGAAAGAGAACUUUCGAAUGAGCAGAGACUCGCUAUAUAAUCUAGCUGAAGAACUGAGACCA